AUGCAUUGCGGGGUGAAGGAUUACAACAGCAUGUCUGAAGAUAAUGCCGGCGAAUCUAAAACAGAAAACUUUGAAAAAAAAGAUGAGGAAGAUUCCACACUUGUUCCUCUUUUAUCAGAGUACUCGAAAAAGCUAGAGAGCCGGGUAAAACGUCGCUACAUUGAGAAAAUAUCAGUGAUUGGUAUUGACCCGGCUACGUUAUGGCACGCGAAGGUCGAUCCAGACUGUUUACCACCCAUCGAAGCCACAGAUCUACUGUCGUAUUUGGUUUUAGAUACGAGUUAUUAUACUGCACAACAAUUGAAAGCUUUCAAAAGUUUAGAGGCGUAUAACCAGAUGGUUUCUGGUUUUAUUACCAGUGUACAGGGGAAAGUUAUCGCCGGAAAGUACGUGGUUCUUGCAAAAGUGCGACAUUCGCAGCGCAUGAAUGACCCGCCGAUCCCCGUUUGGGUGAUUUCGAGCCAGGAAGGAACAAUAAUUUCGGCCCAUUGCAUGGGUUGUAAGGCUGGCUUAGCAGAAACGUGUUCCCACGUUGCAAGCGUUCUAUUUUACAUUGAAACAUGGACAAGGAUCAAUGGAAAAUUGGCCUGCACGCAAGUCAAAUGCACGUGGCUUUUACCUUCGUACGUGAACGAAGUUACUUACGCCAGAGCUCGAGACAUCAAUUUUAAAUCAUCGAAAAAAUUAAAAGAAGAGAUGGACCUCAAAAUAGAUGCUUGUGAGGGUGUGAAUCAGUCCCAACUACCAGCUCCAGCAAGAAUUAUUAAAAAAUCAAACAUGUCAGUAAGACCACUUGAUGAGGAUGAAAUGAAUGCUCAACUAAAGAAGUUAAAUGAAUUGAAUGUAAAACCAGUCAUUCUAAGUCUUUUUAAACCUUAUUCUGAAAGCUUUAUGUCAAGAAGCCAACACGUACUUACAAUGCCAGAUUUGUAUGACCCUAGCCAUCUGAAACUCAGCUAUCCGGAUCUUCUGAAGCAAUCUUUUGAGGUCAGCUUAGACCUUAAAGAUAAUGAACUGGAUGCCAUUGAAGAAGACACAAGGAAGCAAUCCAAGGGGAAUUUUUUCUAUAGACACAGAUCAGGCCGCAUUGGGGCCUCAGUCAGUUGGACUGUGGCACACAGUAAUCCAAUGCAGCCAUCACAAUCUUUGAUCAAGUCUCUCUGCUACCCUCACCUGUUCAAAGUUACCUCUAAAGCUAUCUCACAUGGCAAGAAAUAUGAGAAAACUGCUGUUGAGACAUAUGUUUCCCUUAUGAGUCAGACCCAUAAAGACUUUCAAGUAAAGUAUUGUGGAAUGAUAGUGGAUAAAGAACAUCCCUGGUUGCAUGCUACUCCUGACUUUAUGGCCUCUUGUUCCUGUUGUGGUGAUGGUUGCGGGGAGGUCAAAUGUCCUUUUAGUAUUAAGAAUGGGGAUUUUCAGACCUACAUCUCAAAGAAGACCUCCUGUCUUGAAAUGGUGAAGGGUAAAUUGAGGUUGAAGAGAAAUCAUCAGUACUAUUAUCAGACCCAACAGUACCUCCACAUAACCAAGCUGAUGUACUGUGACUUUGUAGUGUUUGCCUUCAAUGUAAACAAUCAACCUGUGAUUUUUUACGAAAGAAUAUUUCCUGAUUACACCCUGUGGGGAUCACUACAACCAAAAUUGACCACGUUUUGGAGAAUUUGCAUCCUACCAGAAAUUUUAGGUAGGUGGUAUACAAGAAAAUGCCACAUGCCAAGUCUGGUGCAAGUUCCAGUAUCAUGCAAUGAUAAUGCCAUUUGUUAUUGCAGAAAAGUUACUGAAGAAGAAACCAUCACUUGCUCUAAUGCCAAGUGUCCCUAUAUGAAGUUUCACCCUUCAUGUCUGCGAUCAAGUGAUCAUGUUCCAAAGAUAUGGUAUUGUCCUACCUGUCGUCUAUUACCAGAAUUCAAGAGAAGCGCUAAAACCAGAAAUGCAGUACAGCAGGAUGUAUGUAGCAAAGCUCUCAGCCUGAAUAGCAUCUGUAUUUGCAAUUCAAAGCCAAGACCAGGUGAUAGACUUCUUGAAUGUCACAGUGAAGACUGUUUAAAUGGAACAUUUUUUCAUUUAGACUGCCUGAAAUACAAAAGGAUGCCAAAUAACAGCAAGACUACAUGGGUUUGUAACAGCUGCAAGGGAAAGCCCCAUAAAGCAAAUGAUUUGAACAUUGCCACAGUUCAGUCAGGUGAAAACGACAGUUCUAGUUUAGCGUCUUCAAUUCAAUCUACCACUUGUACCUCUUCAAUUCUACAAGAUCUUUGUGGUGAUGCUGAUAGUACUGUUGAUGUUGAUCUAUCUAACAGAGAUAGUGAUGAUGACCAUUCUGUUGAUCAAUGUGACAGUGAUGAUGAUAUACAAAUAACUAAAGUUAGUCAUGGAAACAUUGAUAAGACAGCCUCUCUAGGGAAUUUAACUCAGGCUGAAUAUGAUAUCAUUGAAUCUCAAACUGGAUGGUUGGACUGCAGUGUCAUACAAGAAGCUCACAUUUUACUGAAACAAGUAAAUCCCCUGAUCAAUGGAUUUCAAAGGACUACCCUGGGACCAGUAAGAAACUUUGAUGUGGUAACAAGUGAAUUUGUGCAAAUUCUGCACACAGGUAACCAACAUUGGGUCUGCACUAGCUCUGUUGGUUGUUUACCGGGCAGAGUAAACUUGUAUGACAGCUUAUUCCAUGACAUCAUUGCUAAUGAAGUGGAAGAACAACUGAAAGAUCUCAUGGCAAACAAUUUUACGGGAAUGAACAUUGUACCUGUCCAGCAACAAGGAAAUGGCAGUGAUUGUGGUGUGUUCUCUAUUCCAUUUGCAACCUGUAUAGUGUAUGGCAGAGACCCGAGUAUUGUCAUAUUUGAUGUACCACAGAUGCGACCUCAUUUGUCUAGAUGCCUUAAAACUGGAGUGCUCAGCCCAUUUCCCCAGAUUUAA